AACGAAACAUUAGAAAGCAGAUGUUCCGAUCCACCGACUUCAAAAAGAAGCAACUCAAACAAUGGCUUCCGUUAACCACUUCAAAGGCUAUGACAAAAUCAGUCAAAGCCACCCUAAAACCUCGCCACGGCGUUCCUCAACCACCAUAAUCGUCUCUGCUCUUCUCAUCUUUACUUUGCUCACCGUCUUAACCCUUUUUGUUUCGAUGUUGGAAGAACCCAUUAAAGACAACAAACACCCCGCCGACUCAGUUGACUCGAUCAAGACCAUCUGCAACGUGACCCGGUACCCCGAGUCUUGUUUCGCCGCUCUAUCUUCUCUCAACGCCUCCAAAAACCCCGACCCAGAAGCCUUCCUCGAUCUCUCUCUCCGACUGGCCAUCACCCACCUCUCGAAUCUCUCUUCCUCGUUCAGGUCCCUCAACGAUCUCCACUCUCAGCCUGCUUUAAAAGACUGCUUGACCCUGUUCGAUGAAGCCCUGACUCGACUCCAUGACUCAGUGUCUGCAACGAAGGCUCAAUUUACCAAGGAGAAGAUCAGUGAUAUCCAGACCUGGAUAAGUGCUGCAAUGACUGAUCAGGACACGUGUAAUUAUGGACUGGAAGAGAUGGGAUGGACGGCUGGUGAGGAAAUCAAAUCCCAAUCUCGAACCUUUAAAGAGUCUCUUAGUAAUAGUUUGGCUAUUGUUGCUAAUUUGCAAAAACUUGUACAAAAAUUUGGUCUCACCAUGCACUGAAAUUGCUAAAUAUGUAAUUUUUCUUUUACAGUUGAAAAGAUUUCAAU